AUGCUUCCAAUCAGGAAAAUAGGCUGGACCAGCCUUCAAGCUCUCCGAUCGCACCUGGCUGGUAAGCUCAUCAGAUUUAAGAGAAAUGAAAAUGCCGUCGGAGGAAACCCCACGCGACAGGUGCAGAACGAUGCCGCUUUCUUCGAAGCGGACCUACGUUACAUCUUCACGAUGAUACCUACGGUUGCAGAUGUCCCGUACAAUGAGCACAAAGAGGACAGUGAGCUGAAUAAAAUAUUGCAUGAUCUCCUCACUGCUCUGGAUGGCAUGGUUAAUCGCUGUGUAAUCGACUCCUUCGACGCGCCGAGGACAGAAGAAUCCAAGCUCCAAUCGCACGAUACAACGCUUCUUAAUUACUACCCACAAUUAUACACGAUGCUCACCAUUUUGGAGGCUUCCGCGGGCCAAUUCAACUUGACAACUGGUCAAGGCUCACCGCUCUUCGUACUACCUGAAGGCCAACUCGGAAUAUUGCCUUGA